UGCUGACAAUUCAGUAUGAAGGACAAUUUCAGUUUUGCCGCCACCAGCAGAAACAUCACCAGCAGCCUUCCUUUUGUUAAUCUCAACAUGUCUGGCACUAAUGAGCUCAUCUUUAAUUGCUCACAUAAACCAUCAGAUAAGCAUUUGGAAGCAAUUCCUGUUCUCUACUACCUUAUUUUUGUGAUUGGUUUUGCUGUUAAUAUCAUUGUGGUCUCACUAUUUUGUUGUCAAAAAGGUCCUAAAAAGGUUUCUAGCAUUUAUAUCUUCAAUCUGGCUGUGGCUGACUUACUCCUUUUGGCUACCCUCCCUCUCUGGGCAACCUAUUACUCUUACAGAUAUGACUGGCUCUUUGGACCUGUGAUGUGCAAAGUGUUUGGUUCUUUUCUGACCCUGAACAUGUUUGCGAGUAUUUUUUUUAUUACCUGCAUGAGUGUUGAUAGGUACCAAUCAGUUAUCUACCCUUUUCUGUCUCAAAGAAGGAAUCCCUGGCAAGCAUCUUAUGUAGUUCCCCUUGUUUGGUGUAUGGCUUGUCUGUCCUCAUUGCCAACAUUUUACUUCCGAGAUGUCAGAACCAUUGAAUACUUAGGUGUGAAUGCUUGUAUUAUGGCUUUCCCACCAGAGAAAUAUGCCCAGUGGUCUGCUGGGAUUGCCUUGAUGAAAAAUGUUCUUGGAUUUAUUAUUCCUUUGAUAUUCAUAGCAACAUGUUACUUUGGAAUCAGAAAACAUCUGCUGAAGACCAAUAGCUAUGGGAAGAACAGAAUAACCCGGGACCAAGUCCUGAAGAUGGCAGCUGCUGUAGUGUUGGCGUUCAUCAUUUGCUGGCUUCCCUUUCAUGUUCUGACCUUCUUGGAUGCUCUGUCCUGGAUGGGUAUCAUUAAUAGCUGUGAAGUUAUGGCAGUCAUUGACCUGGCACUUCCUUUUGCCAUCCUCCUGGGAUUCACCAACAGCUGUGUUAAUCCCUUUCUGUAUUGUUUCGUUGGAAACCGCUUCCAACAGAAGCUCCGCAGUAUGUUCAGGGUUCCCAUUACUUGGCUCCAAGGCAAGAGAGAGACUAUGUCUUGCCGAAAAAGCAGUUCUCUUAGAGAAAUGGACACCUUUGUGUCUUAA